GAGGGACUCGUGUGUGCUGAGGAAGGGACCACGUAUCAUCGCACCAGAGGAGCCAGCAUGCCGCAGUAUAAGCUGACUUACUUCAACCUGCGAGGGCGAGCAGAAAUCAGCCGCUACCUGUUUGCCUACUCGGGCAAGAAGUAUGAAGACCACAGAAUAGAAGCAGCAGACUGGCCCAAAAUCAAACCAACUAUCCCGUUUGGCAAACUCCCUAUUCUGGAAGUAGAUGGAGUUAUCAUUCACCAGAGCCUGGCAAUGGCAAGAUACCUUGCCAGAGAAUCAGGUCUGGCAGGUCAGACGCCUGUGGAACAGGCACUAGCUGAUGCCAUUGUGGACACCAUAGAUGACUUCAUGACACUGUUCCCUUGGGCAGAGAAAAACCAGGACGUGAGAAAAAAAGCAUUUGAUGACAUCCUCACCAACAAAGCACCUGAGUUACUGAAAGACUUGGAUACAUUCUUAGGGGAUAAAAACUGGCUGGUAGGGAAUUCUGUAACAUGGGCCGAUUUCUACUGGGAUGUGUGCAGUACAACACUUCUGACCUGUAAACCUGACCUGGCAGACAAAUACCCCAGGCUUUUGGCUCUCAAAGAGAGAGUGCAAGCACUUCCAGCUAUUGCAGCCUGGAUCCAGAAAAGACCGAAGACUGUAAUGUAGAUCAGCUGUUCAGAAAAACAGAUACAUGUUUAGUUUUCAAUGUGACAAGCAUCCUAAGUUAUUAACUCCAGAAUCAUUUAUGUUAACUUCAGAUGGGUACACUGCAUCAAAUCAAAACCUACCACUUUUUCUGGGGGAGAAUCUAAAACACUGAUUUGGUAGAGUAAUAAAUACUGUUUUGAAGA